GAUUUUCAUUGAGGCAGUCAGUGCUGCCAAAAACACACAAACUCUGCUGCGUCCCUCAGCUUCUCCAACAACUUUUUCGCCUUUCCAAGCUGGACCGCUGCUUUUCCGUCACUUGAACGCAGCUUCCGUAACAGACUCCAGGAUGAGUAAAAACAGCAAAGUGCUGAACCUGAAGGAUAAAGUGAGCGGGAACGAGGCGGACCUGAGCUUGUGUAACCUGACGGAGGUGCCCGUCAGAGAGCUGGCUCUAUUCCCCAAAGCGACUGUCCUGGACUUGUCCUGUAACAACAUCAUCUCUCUUCCUCCAGAGUUCUGCAGUCUGACCCACUUGGUGAAAGUGGAUCUGAGUAAAAACCAGCUGACCUGUCUGCCAGACGACCUGGGGAACCUGGUCAGCCUCCAGCACCUGGACCUCUACAACAACAAGCUGACGGUGCUGCCUGUCAGCUUCUCUCAGCUCCGGAGUCUGAAGUGGUUGGAUCUGAAGGAUAACCCUCUGGAGGUCAACCUGGCCAAGGCAGCGGGAGACUGUCUGGAUGAGAAGCAGUGCAAACAGUGCGCCUCCAAGGUCCUGCAGCACAUGAGAGCUCUUCAGGACGAGGUCGAUCGGGCGCGAGAGAAACGCCUCCUGAGGGAAAAAGAGCUGGAGAAGAAGAGGGAGGCCAAGCAGAGGGAGCGGGAGGCCCGAGAGAAGGAGGCUCGCAAACGGGAGAAGGCCGAGGAGAAGGAGAAGAGGAGGAAAGAGUACAACGCUCAGAUGGCGGCUUUGGCUGCGCAGGAGCAUCAGAAGAAGAAGAGCGAGGAGAAGAAGAAGAAGAACGGGCAGGCGGCAGAUAAGAAGGCUGUGGUGGAAUCGGCGCCCAAACCUCGGCGCUCUCUAAUUGGCCCGUUGUUCAAGCUCCUCCUCCUGCUGCUGCUGGGAUUGGCCGGAGUCGCCGCCGCCUGCCGGAUGACCGACCUGCAGAGAGAAGCCAUCUGCGUGUCCGUAAACGUCGCCGUGGACGACGGCCUGUCCUGGGCCAGACAGCAGGAGGUGGUGGUCCGACAGCUGGUGCAAAAUCUGUCGUCUGCUGCGAAAGAGUUUCUCGAAUCCACGCAACCGUCCAAGAGCUAAGUCUGCCUCCGCGGACGACUCGGAGCUGCAGGUUUUCCACUCUCACCUGUUGAAUCCUGGGAGUUGAAAAGUCUGUGCAGCAGAUGGACGAAUGGGGGUGGACAGAUGUGUGAAAAUCAUCUUAAAUUCCUAUGGAAUUGUUGUCGCUCUUGUACCCUCUUUGUACUACAGCCUGUUUUUAAAAAAGAAAAAAAAGAAUCUGUCGACCGUGUUCUGCACUGUGGUGUCUUACAUGUGCGUUACAGGGUGGAUGUGGAGCGUCAGGUCUGUGCUGCACAUCGAGUCACAUGUCGGCUGCAUCCGUCAGUGUUAGAUGUGGCAGUCUGAGCAUGUGCAGUGAAGGCUGUGUGAAUGUGAAGCCCCUCAGUCUGAUUUCAGUCUAAUACUCACUGUCCGGACGCAAACUAGAGCCCAACUGAUAUGAGUGGAUUUUAUCUCCCUGCAGUUGCGAGACAUUUUAUUACACAAAUGCCAAAGAUACUUGACAUAAAUUACGUUGCAUCGAUUGUCAACCAGAAAGCAAAAUGUCGUGCUCAGAACAUCACGUUUCAUGCUCACAACUCUUCAGAUUUAAAAGACGCUCACACAGGGCUGUUAUUUAAUCAUCGGUCCACUGGAUUAAUCUGCUUUUUAUUCUCUUGAUUAAUCAUUUAAUCCAAUUUGCUCCAUGUGAUGUCUUCCAGUUCCAAAGAUAAUUAGUUUAUGAGGAUUUAUGACAAAGAAAAGCAAUUUUUUUUUGCAAGAAAGUUCAUCAAACAUCGCUCGUCUGAUCAUCAGCGUUUAAAAUCCUGUAUCAGUCUGGCUCUAAUGCACACCAACCUCAGUACAUGAUAUUACCAGGACCAUACGGAUCAUUUUGCAUGUGUCAACCCUUCUGCUGUGUACAUCUGAUCAGUUUGCAAAUGUUGCUGCUGUGCAUGAAGCAGUUGGAUGUGUUCUUACAGCUUUCCAACUGUCACUGGUUUUGAUUCCGUUCCUGAGGAGGAAUUAGCCGACUGAGUCAAGUUUCAUUACAGAUAAACUUUGAUCAGAUUCAGAGUUUAGCAUUACAUAUCUUGACAACGUUUCAAGGAAAAAUACAAAAACACGGCAGCAAAAUUUCCCAAAUUGUGAGCUGAUAUGAAGUACACACGUUUUGUUGUUCAGGGGAUCUUACUUACAGAUGUAGGGUGUGGUAUCGACCCACAAUCCCUCAAUCUUCUGGUGCAUCAGGACCAGAUGUUGAUGUUGAACUGACGGUCCAGAGUCUGAAAUGCCUUUCUCCUUGCAACCUGUUUUGUUCAGAGUCUGCCUUCGCUGCACUGGGUCUUGUACAGCUUCGUCCGUGCUCAAACAUCGUCAGCAUCAUUAAAUGGCUAUGCACUGCAACGGA